UGUCUGCAAUUUAUUGUUAAUUUAAAAAAACCCUCAAGUUUUUGUCAAAAAUUAGUUUUUUUACCAUUGAAUGGCGAACUGAGAUGCCCUAAAUUAAAAACUACCUGUGAAAAGUUAUAAAAGAUCAAUUAUAAGGGUAGAAAAACUACUUUUUUUGGGGAAUUUACAUAGCCUCGCCAUCGCAAGUGCAAAACGUCACGACCUCACACGUCAGCCGGAAUUUAUUUUUUUUCUAUUCAGCGCUCCCGUUUAUGUAGUCGGUGGCCCUUUGGCAAAUAUCCGUCGCAAUCGUAAACAAGAAACGGAACCAAAUUCGGACGGUAGUUCUUUUUUGCUUAUGUUCAGAACUUAAAAAUCAUAACUAGCUCGAAAUGGUUCUCAUAGCAGCGGCCGUAUGCACCAAAGCUGGCAAAACAAUCGUCUCCCGGCAGUUCGUCGAGAUGACCAAGGCUCGAAUCGAGGGACUGCUCGCAGCUUUCCCGAAGCUGAUGACAUCCGGUAAGCAGCACACUUUCGUGGAAACCGAUUCAGUUCGGUACGUGUAUCAGCCCUUGGAAAAGCUGUACAUGCUGCUGAUCACCACUAAAGCCAGUAACAUCCUGGAGGAUUUGGAGACGCUUCGAUUGUUCUCGAAAGUGAUUCCAGAAUACUGUCGUUCACUCGAGGAAAAAGAAAUCAUAGAAAAUGCAUUUGACUUGAUUUUUGCCUUCGAUGAAAUCGUUGCACUCGGUUAUCGAGAGAGCGUCAAUCUGGCUCAGAUCAAAACCUUCGUCGAGAUGGAUUCGCACGAGGAGAAGGUGUACCAAGCUGUUCGGCAAACGCAGGAACGGGAAGCCAAGCAGAAGAUGCGAGAACGCGCGAAAGAAUUGCAACGACAGCGAAUGGAACAGAAGAAGAGCGGCGGAGGUGGCCGUCUUCCGUUUGCAACCGUUGGCGGUGCUGAAGGAUUCGGGAACAACUCCAGUGGAGGAAUUUCGAACCACUCGUCCAUUUCGUCUGCCUCGAUUGGAAUCGGCGAAAUCAAGGCGGCUUCCUCGGCACCGAAACCGGCUGCUCCGAAGAAUGCGCUUAAACUUGGCGGUAAGAAUCGCGAUGUGGAUUCCUUCGUUGAUCAGCUCAAAAGUGAAGGCGAAAAGGUUGUUGCAAACCCAACACCUUCUUCAGCUCAGACAGCUGCUGUAAAGGCCAAACCUGUUUCGGAUGUCCCGAUGGAUGAUGUUCACCUUCGCAUGGAGGACAAGAUUACGGUUCGUGUUGGUCGCGACGGGGGUUUGCAAAACUUUGAACUGUCUGGCUUGCUAACGCUUCGCAUAGCCGACGAAAAGUACGGUCGUAUUCGGGUACAGCUGGACAACUCGGACCAGCGAGGCAUCCAACUACAAACUCAUCCCAAUGUGGACAAAGAGCUGUUCAAGAGUCGAUGCCAGAUCGGUUUAAAGAACCCUGCGAAACCGUUCCCACUCAAUACGGAUGUCGGUGUGCUUAAAUGGCGCUACCAGACGCAGGAUGAGUCCGCCGUACCGCUGACUAUAAAUUGCUGGCCAUCGGAAAAUGCAGAGGGUGGAUGUGAUGUCAACAUUGAGUAUGAGUUAGAACAUCCUCGACUAGAGCUGCAUGACGUCUGCAUAACUAUUCCAAUGCCCAUGAACAUAACUCCCUCGAUUGCGGAAUGCGACGGAGACUACAAUCAUGAUUCUCGUAAGAAUGUUCUUUACUGGAAUCUGCCCGUCAUAGACGCCUCCAGCAAACAGGGUUCAAUGGAAUUCAGCGUACCCAAUUCUAUCCCGGGAGACUUCUUCCCCUUGGAUGUUUCUUUCACAUCGAAGAUCCCGUACGCCGAUCUGAAACCGCUCAAGAUCCAGCUGGUGGAAGACGAGACCGAUGUAAAAUAUUCCACGGAAACGCUUUUCUUCGCAGAGAAGUACGAAAUUGUGUAAACUUUUUCGACCAGAUACUCUGCUUGGUUCGUACAGUUAAGUUGCCGCUUCGGUAAAUCAUUAUCUUCAAUCGGUAAAGUGUGCAACACAAUAACACAGCAUUAAAAAAGGAUAGAUACAUUCUACAACUACUUUAUAUAGUUUCUAAUCAAACAAAAUAUAUACAUAAUACAUAAGUCA